AUGGCUCAUCUUGGCAGAACUCGUGACCAAGUCCAGGAGUUCUCCCUGCAGGACGUACCAGCCGGCAAGCUGGCCUGGACUCACUGCGCCGAAGAGGGCUUUGUGACGGUGAAAAUCUUGAAAUGCGACGUCAAAACGGGAAAGGCUCAGGUGGUUCUCGACGCAGAAGGAGCUUCGAGCGUGGCAGCAGCACAGGCAGCUGCCGACGCAGUUCGCGAGACUUCAUCAGGACCAUGCACGACCGCAGGAAAUGCUCUUUUUGUUGAGGAUGAAUCAAAAGCUCAAGAUUCACAGCACCGCACCGAAUCGUCCGCUGGAAGCAUAUCUUCAGGGAAGAGAACGAAAUUACGUAAAGAAAAACUGAGCACUCCCUGGUCGCUGGAAUCCCCGGAGGCGGCAACCGAAGCAUUCGCCGACCCCCUGUCUCAACGAGGCGCCCACGGACUGUCACCUAGAUCUUGUUUGCCGGAGAGCGAGACUGAUGAUGAUGAAUCGGAGGGGCUCUCAGAUGCGCCGAGAGAUCCUUCUAGCGGCACCAGUUUUCCGGUAGCUGACGUAGGGGAGUGUCCCGUACCCACAGCAGAACAGCUCGAACAUCGGGCUGCGGCGGCAGCAGCAGCUGCUGCUGAUGCAGUCAGUGCCAAGUUCAUCUCCCAGCCGCCCUUUGAAGUCCCCGUCAACCACCUAUGGCCCUACAGUGCACCCCCCCGCUCUCCUUCAGCUGCUUCAACAUAG